CAAACUACAGAACAUUUGAAAUCUUAUCCAAUCAUCAAUGAGACUUCAACUUUUGUCAAUGAAUUUGCAAUCACCAAGGCUGCUAUCAAUUCUUCAAUCCCAAUCAUCAAACCAAUAGCUGAAUUCAUCCACUCCCAAUCAUUAUUGAAGCCAAUUGUUCAAACUGUUGAUAAUUUUGGUAAUUCCACUUUGAACUCUGUUGAAAGUGUUGCUCCAUGUUUGAAAACUGCAACUUGGGAAGAUGUCUUAGUUUCUAUCAAAACACCAAUUGUUCAAACAGAUGAAGCUAUUAAAGACGCUUUCACUGCUACUGGUGAUUGUAUGGAGAAUAACUUGAUUGCUCCAACAAGAAGAUUUGUUAGAAAUGGUCGUGCUUAUUAUAAUGAAAAGCUUUAUGAUACUAAAGGUAAACCAUUGCUUAGAAGUUCAUUAGAUCCAGUCUUCAGACCUGUUAAUUAUCAUAUGGAGAAUUUUACAUUGACCAACCUACCAGAAGGGGAACCUGUUAUGGUUGAAUAUUCAAGUGAAGUUGAGAGAAAUGUUUAUCUUUCAAUGAAUUUAAUUGAAAGGGCAAUUCCAGUUAUGGGUAACAAAGUUGUUGAAUGUUUGAUGGUGCCUUGUAACUAUACUAUCCAUGUUUUUGAUGUUUAUAAUGAUAAUUUAGACAAGAUUGAGCCAUCUUUCAAUUCAUCAAUCAAAGCUACGUAUAAUACAUCUGUUGAUUUAACAAAUGAAGCUAUCAGUGAAACAACU